AUGGGGGCAGUGAACUCGCAAUUCUUCAUGCAGGUGACCAGCGGAGGGACCGUCGCAUGCUUCCAGCGCGCCGAGGUCGUACUGGCAGCGCAGCUGAACGGCGAUUGGAUCGCGAUGUCUGUCCUCAAGGAUAAGUCUUGCGAGCCUAGCUCAGUACAGCUGCCGGUGGAUGUCGCAGGUGGGGAUGUCAAGUUUGCCGUGGUCACCACCGAGAACGACGAAGUGAUUGCACUCACCGAGACUGGCACUUUCGGCAUCUCCAUCCUGGCCGUCCUGAAUUUGCGCAGUGGCCCGAGUAUGCAGACACCGACCCCGAAGACAGACACCGGAGUCCCAGAGACAACUGUUUCGGACCCACCGGUGGGGCCGGCGACGAGCAGCGCAGACUCGCCAGUGACAAAGCCUGGGCCAGACUCGCCAGUGGCAGAGGCAGGGGCGACGGAAGCCAAAGUGGAGGACGAUGCGCCGAUCGUGGAGGAUGGUUCCGAGGUAGACUCUGAGUUUGUGCGGGUGUCUGAAGUCCCACCCUCUGAGCCCAGAGUCCCCGACUCCAGAGUCCUCGACGACUCCAGAGUCCCAGACUCAGAGCCUGCGAACCUCGAGAGUCCACGGCCCUAUGAGGGCUUGCUGCAGAUACAGUCGAGAAGGGCUUCUGCAAUGUCGGCGACACGAUCUACACCAACAGCGGCAGCCCAGCCACGGCUCGACCAGGUUGGUGAGUCGGAGCAGGACAUCACAUCCAUGCCGACAAGCCAAGUGGAGCACAUCCUGCAGAGCGGCGGCACCCUUCCUGGCUGGGACCCGCACGGCGACCCUGUGAAGGACCUCGGGUACGUGAAAAUCUUUUACUCUGCGGCCACCAACAACUACGACCCAGCGACACUGUGGCCGACUUGUACACUGGAGACUGGUUUGAAGACCAAGCUGAUCGACCUUCGGGACCAGUAUGUGGCGAUGCACAACGAUGGGUCGAUGCUGAGUCUGAGUCCCGAGUCCCAGUACGAUCUCUCGGUGCUCGAGGUGUGGUGCCGCCACCUGUACAAAGGUGUCGUUCCCCAUGGGCCGCUGCUCGGCUGGGCCAGGAUGAACGGGCACGAGCUGUACUACCACAUCUACGGCGAGAACAACCCGCCGUUCCUGAUGGUACCCGUUCUUCCUGCACGCCUUCGACAUCAUGGCGGGAGUCAAAGGCAUGUUCAUGCAGGCUGGCCUCUGGAACUGGUGGCCCAGCAUUUCCCCGAUGAAGGCCGUAUCAUGGAGGAUGUGCUUCCGACGUACUGCUCGCUGAAGAUUGACCACUCGGGUUACAUGGAGCGUGGGCCCUACGAGCAUCUUGUCGGUGCCCCCCCGAACUCCGAAGAGUCCUUCUUCUUUGACUGCUCGCCCACCACGACUUUCUACAUGCAAGCCAAGGGUCAGUUCAUCUAUGCCAUGACCAAGAAGCCCCGCAGCGAGAUGACCGUCGGUUGGAUCCGCAAGGCCGAUGUCCCUGGAAUCAAGGAGUUCCAGGUACUGGGUGUGUUUCCAAUGGAGGCGCCGAGCCUGCAGGGCAUUGCGAAGUUCAAGUACCACUCCGGCAUCUACUGCGAGGAGGCCGGUGUCAAGAAGGCCUUGUUCCUGGAGCUGCGCGACUACCCGGACAACAUGUACUGCCGGGGAGGACGGCGACCGCCGAACGUGCUGCAGCUCUUCGCAAUGCACCUGGUGCCCGCCGAGAUCAAGAAGUCACUGGUGACGAAGGCACCGGCAGGGCAGAAUUUCGAGCCUCGUCGCAGCAGGCCUGGAUUUGUUGUCCAGGGCGACAGGCCGUUCAAAACCUGUCCGCACGGAUGGGUCUGGCAGGAAGCCUACAACGGCAAGAUCACGUUCUACUACGUGGACGAUGGCCAGACGUACGAGUUCCACCAGCUCAGCCCGGACUCCAAUGUGCAGUUCUUUGACCACGAAAAAGGGGAGUACGUGGUGGCAAGCGGCUACACAGGCUCGUGGCAGCAUGACACGGUGACGAGUUUCGUCGGCGACUUCAUCCGUCAGUACUACUACGACGACCAGUAG